UAAAUGUGGUAGCGAAAUUUCAGAACGCAACCCUAUCAUCUAUCUCUCUCUAACUCAUUUAACUUUCCAUCUUCCGUCUCACGCGUCGCGUUGUGCGGUUGGCUGCCUUCAGUAGCGCGUACGCACGCUCCGGUGAUGCGCGUUUUGUAUUUCGAACGAAUUUUGCGCGUGUUUUUUUAAAAGUUAUUUUAUUUGCUAGUAUUCUUGUGCACUGAUGCGAUUGUGACAUUUGGAUUACAGUGAUCGGAUAUUUUGGAUAAGUGAGCAAACAAUAGAGUGCCAAAAUGUCGGCAACAGCGACAAGACACGUGAAAGCUUCCAACUCUGCGAACAUUCUCAUGUGCAAACAAUGGUGGAAGGUCUGCUGGAUGCACGGAGACCAGGAGAAGUACUACAGACAACUCUACGGCAGAAGAAAAAUGAACAACAUGAACAGAAACUUCAUUAACUUCGACUUAAACGACGACAAAAGACCAGGAGCGCAAAUAACAGAACUAACUGAUGAUUUUUUUGAAGACACUACACAAGAACCGGCUCCAGAUGAAGUUGAUAAUGCUACUGAUAUAAAUAAAGUAGAAUAUAGCUUUGGAGUAGAAUCCGAACCAAUUUACGGAGUAAAAACGUGGCAGAAAGACCAAAGACGACAACCUAUACAGCAUAAUUACGAAGUAGAUUUAGAUAGCAUUAUAAGUACAAAUCUGAAUUCUAGUAGUAUCAAAAGUAUGUUAGAGAACGGUCUACCUCAAACGCAAAUUUUAGAUUCAAACGAACAGAUUAUAAAAAACGGUAAUGUAGUUGGGAAGAGUUCUAAAGUUGUUUCGAAAACGAAAAGGGGGGCGAUUGUAACGGAAAGUACUGAGGUGUCUACAGACGGGAGGACGACGGCGAAUUUGAAGUUUGAGAGGUCGACGGUGAAGUGUGGGCCAAAUAAGGUGAAGGAGGUGUUGCAGCCGCUGCAGGAGGAUUCAGUGUUGGCGGAGUGUGAGAGGAGGAAGUGUGUGGGGGACCGGCUGACCACGAGGACCACGACGCUGGUGACGGUGUCGCAGACCAGCGUGACCAGCUGCAAUGAACCCGUCUGCCGCAACUGCGUGAUCUCACCGACCGGCUCGCCGCCCCCCCUGGACCCCACCCCUCCCCCACCAGCCCCUUCGUCCCCCUCCCCCCAGCCGAGCCACUCCAGCCAAUCCCCGCACUCGUACCCGAGGAGGUAUCCUGAAUACGGGCAAGGCCACUCGAUGCCACAGUCGCCGCCGGCGAUGUCGUUGUCACCACAUCCAGUGCCCCAGGGCAAGUUUAGAGGACUUCUGGAACAUGCUGAAAGGUUAAUGAAGCCAGGCGAUGCGCACAGGCACUCCCAGAGCGACGACGACUCGGGAUGCGCGCUAGAGGAGUACACCUGGGUCCCGCCGGGCUUGAGGCCAGAACAGGUCCACCUGUACUUCUCGGCUCUUCCAGAAGACAAGGUCCCGUACGUGAACAGCGUGGGAGAGCGGUACCGUCUCAAACAGCUAUUACAGCAGCUGCCUCCACAGGACAAUGAGGUCCGCUACUGCCACGCGCUCUCCGACGAAGAACGGAAGGAACUCCGGCUGUUCAGCGCGCAGAGGAAAAGAGAGGCACUCGGGCGAGGGCAAGCGAGACAGCUGCAUGCGCCGGCGCCGUGCGAGCGGUGCGAGGAGGGCAUGUCCGCCGGCGACAUGUGCGUGUCGGCCGCCCGCGCCGGCCCCGCCGCCCGCUGGCACCCCGCCUGCUUCGUCUGCUCCUCCUGCCAGGAGUUGCUCGUCGACCUGGUGUACUUCUGGAAGGACGGGCGGCUGUACUGCGGAAGACAUCACGCUGAGACGCUCAAGCCACGCUGCUCGGCGUGUGACGAGAUAAUCCUCGCGGACGAAUGCACGGAAGCGGAAGGCCGAGCGUGGCACAUGAAGCACUUUGCCUGCGCCGAGUGCGCGCGCCAGCUCGGCGGCCAGCGGUACAUCAUGCGCGAGGCGCGCCCGUACUGCUUGCCUUGCUUCGACGGAUGCUUCGCCGAGUACUGCGACGCCUGCGGAGAGCCGGUCGGGGUGGACCAGGGGCAGAUGUCGCAUGAGGGACAACAUUGGCACGCUACUGAACGCUGCUUCGCGUGUCAUACUUGUCGGGCCAGCUUGCUAGGUCGUCCAUUCCUACCCCGGAAAGGAGCAAUAUUCUGCUCCAUAGCGUGCUCAAAGGGCGAGCCACCAACGCCCUCCGACUCCUCAGGCCCCGGCCCGCGGCCCCCGCGCGGGGCCCGCCCCCGAAGACCACCGUCUCCCAAAUCCCCGCCUGUUACACCGCAGCGAGAACCCUCACCACACAUAGACGCGGAUUCAGAACCCAGUGGGUCCUUAGCACCAGAAACACCGCCUCCGCACCCUCCGCCGCCGCACGCUUGCCUCAGCCUCGACAGGGCUCUAGCUGAUCUGCGUCUAGAACAAUCUAUGACCGAACACCAGAUCCAACCCACACCUACGUCUGUAGAUCCACAAGAGGAUUCACCAGAAGAUUGGAGACCGCCGCAUCCUGUGGACGCGCAAGUUGUCAACCCUGGGCACUCUUCUUCAAUGCCUGAACUUACGUUAGUAGACGGUAACUCCCCACGGAAACCUAGAGGAGGAAGAACUGUAAGGUUUUGCGGUGAUGAUAACCAAGCGUUUGAGCCUGACGAGCCUGCAAGAAAAGAGAAAGUAAGAGACGAUGACGCGAGCAGUUACUGCAGUACAUGCUCCUCGUCUUCUUCGUCGGCCGAGUCUUAUACUUUACCGACGAGACGAGCUUACGGUGGUGUAAGGAUCUCCUACGUGCCCAAUGACGCCGUGGCCUGUGCCAAGAGAGAGAGACAGAGAAAGAAUGCGCAAAACGAUAAGAACUGCAUCAUCUCGUGAUCCUGGACCUUCCUCACGCAUCCUCCGAUCGAAAGACUGACUUUUUGAUAGUUUUAUCCCACGCCAUAGUUAAGGAGAAUUGUAAACAAUGUAAUAGAAACUAGACCUCGGCUACGGAAGAACGCUACCAUAAU